AUGCUAGAAUCUUGGUAUCAAAAGCUCAAAUAUGAUAUUUUUGAUGGAAAGCCUAAUCAUUGUAAAGAUAUUCUUAUUCAUGAAGAAAUUCAACAAUAUAAACAAAAAGCAAAAGCUUUAGUUCAAAAAGUAACUAAAAUAAUUGCUGGACGAUAUUGGAUAGUUUCAUCUGGUUCAAAACCUGAUAUAAAUUAUUUAGUUGAAAAAAAUAUAGAAUUUUAA